AUGAUAACUGACAAUGCUCCAAACUUGAAGAAAUUAACUAAAGAUGAGUUGUUAACUCGUGAUGUUUUCGGACGAACUGUGCUCCAUGUAUCUAUACUACUGAACGAUCCAGAGUCGUUGAACCAACUCACAAAGAACCCCAAUUUCAAAUUUAUCCUUCAUGCUUGUGACUAUGAAAACGGAUGGAAUUGUAUGCAUUAUAUCAUUUUCUACAAAAGACUACAAUGCUUUAAUGUAUUAAUACUGUAUUUGCAUACCAGUUUGGGUAAUUUGUUUGCUCCCAAUGGAGCCCUUAUUGAGUUGCUCAAAUGUAAAGAUCGGUGUGGGUGUACUUGCAUGCAGUUGGUGGACCAUGAUCUUUCUAUGGUCCACCAACUUCCGGAGUAUAUUGAUAUCCAUGACAAGUUUAACUGGGGAAGUAAAAGUAAAAUAGGCUCAAAUUUGAAAUUGCUUCUAAGUACAGAAAAGUUCCAAGGGGAUGAUGAGCAAGAUGUUGAUGAGUUGGAACCAGCUGAUGGGAUUCUAGGAGGUUCUGAUAUUUACGUGGUUGGAUGUAAUAGCAAUAAUCAACUUGGUUUAGGUGACUCCAAAGAUAGGUCACAACCUUUGAAAUUAUUUGAUGAUGCAUUCAUACAUGAACAAAACGAUUCUGAGAUUCUUGCCGAAAGAUUCAGUAAACCAAAAUACAAGCAAAUGGUGAUUUCAAAAAACCACGCGGCGAUUGUAACGGUUGAUGGGGAUGUGUUUACUUGUGGUGUUGGAUCUAGAGGAAGAUUGGGUCAUGGUUCUGAUGACUUGACAAGCUCAUUCAAAUUCAAACGAGUUGAAUUUUUCCUCCAUGAGCUGAAAAUGGUGCUGGAUAUUGCCAUUUCCAACAACCAUUCUAUUGCCUUAACCAGUGAUGGUGAUGUGUAUACUUGGGGAAUGAAUGGGUUUAAUCAACUAGGUGUCAAUACCCCAUCCACAAAAACCAUCAAUAGUUACUUGGAUGAUUGGAUUGCCACGCCAACAUUGGUUGCUGGAGAAUUGAGAAAAAACAAGACCAAAAAGCUUUUAGGUAUCGGAGUAUCCAAGGUCCAUUCGGUCACAUGGACAAAGAAUGAAAUGUAUUUUUGGGGAUUGAAUGUGGGUCAAAUGGGGAUACAACGUAUUCGUAAUGACGUCGAAGUAAAACUACACGACGAAUCUGUGAAAGGUGAAGUACAAACAUCUCCUAGAAUUACCAGUCUACGAGAUGAAAUCAAGUGUGUGAGUACCACUGAGUUGUGCACUUGUGUAGUAACAGUUUUGAAUGAUAUUCACAUAUACUACAAUUUCCAACAUUACAAGUUACCAAAGGUUCCUGUUAAAGGGUUAGGUGAUAAAAAUUUUGACUUGUUCAAGCCCCGUCGAUUGACCGAAGGUACAGUGAUUACAAAGAUUAUUACUCGUGGGCCCACAAACUCUAUGAUUUUAUUGUCCAAUGGAUCCAUCUUAAGCUUUUCAUUGAACACAGACGACGUUAAAAAUACAAAGUAUGUUAAUGUUUGGAAGCCACAAAAUGAAGAUAUGAAGGUGGUUGAUUUUGAUAUGGGAACAGAUGGAUCGGUGGUUUUAUGUACUAAAGCGGGGACAGUUUUCUUGAAGCUCAAUCAGUCAACUCAAAGAAGGAAUUCAAUGAGUGGUGCCGUCUUGCCGAUUCUGGUUAAUAAACACAAGUUUAAAAAAAUCGAAAAUGUCAACAGAAUAGUACAAGUUACUUGUGAUUCUAAAUUUUUGUCAUUUGGAUUUAUAAGAAAUGAGAUUGAAUCGUUACCGAUGGAAUUGCAGGUGAAUGAUUUUGUUAUUGAUGUACGUCAAUUAUCUCCUAUGUCAGAAUUAGACUUGUAUAGAAAACAGGACCAGUUGAUGGGUGAUGGGGAUGGCGUUAUUGGCGGUGACUCUGAUGAAUUUGAUUUGAGUUUGUUGCAAGCCGAGCUGUACUUGUCGCAAAAGUUUCAAUCACAGAGCGAUAAUUUUAAUAACCUGGAAAAGCUUUGUGACGCUAGUGUGAAACUUGGCGAUGAAAGGAUUCAAUUCCACAAGGACUUCUUGCAAAAUGUGUCGAGCAAGUUUAGUGAAUUAAUCGCGAACGACGGGAACGAACUUGUUGGCAAGCAGUUCCGUGCUAAAUGGAGUUCAGCUGAGUCUUGCUUAGAAGUUGUUUCCGAGACAAAGCCCCUUUCUGUAUUCUUGUUCAUACAGAGUGUUUACAUGGGUACCAAAGUGGAUCCAUGGUCAAGCUUUGGAUCAAGACUGAAAGUGCCAAAAAACUUGAAGCUAGUGUUUGAUGAAUUUGAUGAGUUAUGCAGCCUAUUUCAAGUUAGUUUUGGGCCCAAACAACUUCGACGAGGCUUCACCAAUAUGUUGUCAGCAUCAACUGGUUCUGUUAAGUUUGAUUUAAAAGAUGGGGAAAUGUUUGCUCACGCAUAUCUCCUCAGAGUGAGAUCAGCUUUUUUUGAAACGAUAUUAUCGGAAAGAUGGGGGAUUUCAUCGCUUAUGGUUUUUGAUUUCACUGGGUUGACAAAAGCACAAAUGGAAAUUGUAUUGAGGCAUCUAUAUGGUGUUGAGGAUAAGGAUUUGUUGAACAGUUAUAAUUUCAAAUUUGCAGAAACUGAGACAUUCGUGAAAGAAGCGCUAGAGAUGAUUGAAAUUGCUGAUGAGUUGUUGUUGUUCCAAUUAAAGGCUGUGUUUGAAGUCGCCGUCGCUGAAUUGAUUUCAAUGCAAAAUGUAUUGUCUUUGGUUGUCAAUGCCGAUUAUAUUUCCGCACGCAAGUUGUUUUUACAGUGUUGCUGGUUUAUUCAUCAUAAUCUCGAAGUGCUUCUUUAUGACCCAAUGUUUCAAUCGAUUCCGUUGGACAUUAUGGCAAAAAUUGAACGCUGUUUUGACUUUGAGUCAGAUGCAAUGGAUGAGUUUAGUAAAUUGAUUCCCAAUUCAAUAUCUGUCGCUGGCUACAUCUCGGAUUUACAACUACACAACGAGUAUUACAUGAGUGACCACAAGGGGUUUUCAUCUUUUGAGCCAUUGGUUGAUCCACGUUUGGAAGUAAAAAAACCUAGGGAACCUACGAAAAGAAGAAAAUCAAGAAAAAGCUCAACUUUAAAUGCCGAUAUCGUGGAUUUCAGAAAAAAUUUAGUUGCUGAGGCCAACAAAGUGUCACCGCCAGUUAUUGAAGAGACAAUUGAAAGUGACUUUAUUGAAGUUUCCAAAAAGUCAAGAUCAAAGUCUCAAACAACUUCUGGCUCGAAGUUGAUGAGAGACGAAUUGAGCCCCCCAUUGAAAGAGCACAUAAGGAGCGGUGAUGGCAAACCUACCACCACACAAAGAAAGUCUAGUACUGGUGACUCACCCAAGAUGUUUGUUCUGGCAACUACUCAAGCAAGUGCAUCCCCACGUUUGACGUGGGCAACUUCGCCACCGUCAACAUCACACUUGCAAACCGAAAGGUUUGUUUCGAAAUCUCCCGAGCCUUUCGCAUUGAUGGGUAACACAACAGAAUCGAAGCAAUUUAAACCCAAAAUGGGACCUCAUGUCAAGCUUUCUCAAAGGGAGAGGAAGAAAUUAGCUGCAGUCACUGCAACGAAUCUGUCAACACUGACUGAGAGUAAAGCGCCUUUACCAAAACAAAAGCAAACCGAUCUAGCUCCAUGGGCAGCAGCGGCAGCCUCUGAGAAUCCACCAACCACUUCUUCCACCAACUUCCCCACUUUGGGUGCCAAAAGAGUAAAGUCACCGAUGAGCGCACCAUCUACCAAGCCUUCAUCGAAAUCUACAAGAGAUGUUGCAUCGCCAAUGGUUCAUGCUAAUUCAUCCACUUCCUCGCUUUCCAGUAUCUAUUCUACACCAUCAUUGGCAGAAGUAAUGCGUGGUGAACCUUUGAGAACAGAUUUCACUCAGGAAGACAAUUUGCCCAAGAAAUCGCUAGCAGAAAUUCAACAAGAGCAGGAGUUUGAAAGGUGGUGGCAGGAAGAAUCUCGAAAAGUGCAGCAAGAGAUUGGUGGAUUGAAAAUUGACAAGAAACAAAGAAGCAAAAGGAAACCCGAGAAUGGACACCGCGGGAGUUCACAAAAGAGCCCAAACGGAACCAAACAGGACAAAAUAAAGCUGAAUGGAAACAUUAUGGAACCGAUAGAUACCAAAAGAAAACUAUGCAAUGGUACGUAA